AUUGAAAUCGAAGGAAUGUAUAUCGGGAAACGUACAUAUACACAGAAAUUUACUCGAAUCAAAUCCAACUGUUUCAUUUUAUUACACUUUGGGAUAUUGUACAGAAAUAUUUUUGAACUGAUAUUGGAACGACUUUAUCUCUGAUAAACUUUCUCAUUUUUUUUUAAAUGCCAUAAAUGUGUUCGACAUUGGUAAACAUUUUCCUCUGGGAAAAUUGAAAUGGUUGCAGUUCCAUUAGUUUCGAGUAAGCAGUUCGAUUCGCAGCAGCUCGAAUCAAAACGUACGGUUUACGUAAAUCCUUGGUCGAGCUGGUGCUAGAUAGAUUUGUUGCCUCCAAACGGCCGAAUGACGCUGCUGGGGAAUACCCAAUCGCGAAAGUUGAUUACCUUCUGCGUAUUAAUUCCCGGUGGCGUUGGACGGCCGCUCGUUCCGUUCCUCGGAGGCGUCCAUUGUAUACGAGGUACAUCUGCCUCUCGGGUUCAAUGUCAAGUAGGGUAACCUACCUGUGGCCUAGGUACGUGAAUCGCGACGCCACGUCUACGUGUGCUCUUUCUUUAACGCCGCCUACAACGAUGCGCUCACCUUCGUGGUGGGAUCGGCAGACUUUUUAUCGCUGGAGCAUCGUUAGAUGAACUCCGAUCGAAAUUGGAUCUGGGGCUGUUCGAGUACAGUUUAAAUGUGCGUUGCUACUUGAAUAUUAAAUUCGCAUAAUAAAUUCGAAUACUGCUACUCUGAUACUCUUACUCGAAAUGUACUAAUCUAAUAUUCCCACUCGAAUGUCGCUAUCCAAAUAUUUUCCUUCAAGUGUCGUUAUUCAAACAUUCUCGUACAAAAUAUUUUAUAUGAUUAGCAUCGAUAGUGAGUCACGCGAUACGAUCGCGCAAUAUUUCUCUGUUGAUUGAUACCGAAAAACUGUUCAACGUCAUCUAUAUAAUCUACUAUGACAUAAAUGUUGUUGCAAGUGUAACGGUGCACUCGAAGCGCAAGUGCGCACGAAACUGAAACAUUGAAUGCAUUCAACAAAAUUCACGACACGAAGAAAUUUCCGUUUGAAGGAUGAGCUGCGUUUGCAGGUCUGGUGAAAGCUGCCAUGUAUGCCAGGGCAUAAUUAUGACCUUAUCUUUAAUGGACUUUAACAUGCAAGCGUUGAAAGCUAGGACGUACCAUGAUAUACAAAUUUAAUUACACAAAUUUUACGGAUAAUUAACCUUGAACAAAAAAAAAAAAAAAAAACAGUAUUUUAGGAUGACGUUGCAGUUGUCUGGGCCUGACAAUCGAUAAACUUCAGAUUUAAUCGAAGUCUAGGGUUUUUCCCAUCUCUGACCGAUACUGCGUUUCAGGCCAGUUAGCCUAAGUAAGUUAGGUAUACGGGAAUAAGUUCCUACGGUCGUCUGGAGACUUUUACGACACCGCGGAACCACGAGGGAAAACAAUGCCCACCAGAGGGUAGAAGCUUCAGUAAGGGUUUGGUUGUUGUGCGACGAGGAACGGAAAGACUUCGAAUUCAUCAUGCCGAGAGUGACAGUUCCUCUAUUGGUUUUUAUCGCGCUACAGGGCUAUGUCGAAGCUGUGCCUGUUUCAGGUAACCCACUCUGGAAGGAUGAUAACUCGGUCGAUAUUCAAACUCGUCGAGGUCCAAGGACAUUGGAGUCACAUCCGAAGGAUUGGUCACAGUUUUAUCCGUCCUGGUGGGUGCCAUCGUUUUCGUCGUUCUCGAGUUCGUUCAAAGACGAGCACGACUACGACUACGACAUGGCCUUCUUGAAGAGGAGAAUCGUAGCACUGGAGACGUCCUACAGGGAACUUACUGAAUCAUUCAAACAACUCAUGGAAGAAACUAAGAAGGCAUCCUGCAACGCUGCGUUGGCCCAAGAAGUCAGCAACGAGAAGACUGAAGAAAGGCCUCAAAAUGUUGAGACAGGAAAGGAGAAGCCAUUAGACAGCAACACAGGAAAUGCUCCCUUGGUGCCAGCGAUCGACGAUGAGGUGAUACCAAAAAAGCCUCAAAAUGCAGAAACCGAAAUGAAGAAACCACUGGAUGGCAGUACAAACGAAAUUUCCUUGAAUCCAGUAAUCAACGAUGAGGUGACCCCAACAAGGCCUCAAAAUGCAGAAAACGAAAUGAAGAAACCACUGGAUGGGAGUAUAAAAGAAAUUCCCUUGAUUUCUUUAGUCAGCGACGAGGAGAUCCAGAAAAGGCCCGAAAAUCCAAAGGAUGGGGAGAAACCGUCAGGCAGUAACGUAGGGGAGGUUGAAAAGGGGAACAUAACUGAAAAUACGAAGAAAGAACAAUCUGAAAGCGUUCCCGAGGGAACGAAUGGCGACAGUGAAGGCGUGGUUGCAACGAACGUUGAUAAAGGGACCACGCUACCGUCGAAAGUAAACGAAAUGGUGCCACCGACGCGAAACGACGAUACAGAGACGGUCGCGUUGGUGAAUGGGGACGAGGUGGAUAAAACGAUGCUGGAGGACGGUGAAAAGGCUGGAUCGACGAUGAAGCCUGGACGAGUGGAAGCCUCGGUUGGAAUGGAAGAGCCGGCGGAACCGCGGGUCGAUUAUGUGAUGGAGCUGAACGCAGAGCUGGAAGGUCCCGGAAUCGUGGCUGACGUGGGGAGUGAUAUCGUUUUCGAUCAACCCGAGGAAGCGAUUGAUACCAUUGGUGGGGCUGCUUCCGUCGUCGAUUUCGCAGGAAGUGUGGAUGAUGGCGUUAGUGUCGUGGACUAUUGAGAAUUGUGCGAACACUAUAAUUCGGGGACUGUUUGUUGGAUUUUUCUAGACUUGAAUGCUUGAAACACUUGGAUGGAUGGAUGAUACUCGAAUACUAUUCGAGAACUGACUGUUCGAAUACUACAAUAUCGCGGUAGUAUUUGAAUACUUGACUAUUUAGAUAAUUGUUCGAUAAAAUGACUAUUGUAACUAUCGUAAUGUUAUUUAAAAAUUUCCGAUUCUUACAAAAACUAUUUGUAUUUUUCUGCAAGUAUCCUUUUUACCCAUAGAUUUCCAUUAUUAUUAUUACUAUUAU